AUGGCGUAUAGCAACAACAACGGCAUCAACGAAUGCCUGGACGAGCUGGGUAUCGCUUCGCCGCGCUCCUCGCUCUCGGAAUCACCCUUCUCCAGCUUCCCGUCCCCUCCUGCGGGCCGCACCAGCUUUCACUCACCCCCCGGGAACGACAUCCGUUCCACCAUCCAGCGUCGUUUUACCACCGAUUCCACCAAGUUCCCGUCAUGGGCGGGAAUCGGCGCCCAGCCGCCUGCGCUGUCGGAGUCGCUGGACAUCUUGUCAUCUUUUGAAAAGAAACGACAGCAUAUCGAGUACAUGAGAGAGCAGAAAAAACGAUUCGAAGCAGACCUCCAGCUCCUCAAUCUCCAACAGGAGAAGGAAGAGCAAGAAAUGGACCAGAUCGCCCGAGACCUGGCCCGUGCCGGUCUCAAUGGCCCCGUCAGCGAACCGACUACCCCUCCUGAAUACAACGAAUCUGGCUUCCCCACUGCUCUCUCUCGCCCCGCUCGCUUCUCCAUCUCGAACGGCCAGUCCACCCCUGGACGGUUUGGCAACAUCUUUUCUCCCCAGCUCACCUCCCCAACUUCCACCAAGGCGACCUCGCCAUUUGGGCUGAACAAUGGCGAAUCUAUCUCAUCUGCUUUGAACUCCCGUCGUAACUCAGAGCACGAGCCUGCUUCAAAUGGAUUUGGACACUAUCGCCCGCGUCACCUGAGCCGAUAUUCGCUGUCAACCACCACUUUCCAGCCUUCCGCCCACGCUUCUACAGCAAAUAAUAGUGGAUUCGGCAACCAUAUCGGAUUUGGUGGACUUUUUGCGAGCAAGAAUUCAGUCGAGGAAGAUACUAGAGCCAAGGAAGACGAGCGGAUGUCAACGCCCGAUGUGAAAAGCUACUUGCGCAUGACUGAUCCUGAUGAUAAAUUUCCUACCCUAACCAGGCGUGAUGGUGAUCCUAAUGUGCUUUCUGCCAAUUCUGCAGCCUUGGAUUUAGCGAAUUCUCGUACUCCUGUUCCUGAGACAUACCGCCCAAACUUCCGUCACCAUGCAGCACAUCAGAGCUUGCCUCAAAAUGCGUUUGGCUGGCUUCACAAGGAUAAUGCAAACGAUAAAUCUCAGGUCCAUCCUGCACCUGCUUUGCCAAAUGGACCCUAUCAUACUCGUCAUAUGAGCCGCUUGUCGCUAGAAAACAAUUACUCGAACUAUCCCCCACCGGUCGCAAAGAAUUCCCCCCCGAAUAGCCGCCCGGUCUCUCUUCAAAUGUCCUAUUCGGCUAGCGAUGUGCCUACAAUGAGAAACGGUGGAUUUCCGACAAACAUCACGCCACCAGGAUCUAGCACUGAUCAUGUUAUCAACGGCGGUAUGAUCCAGCCUCACCCACACCAACUUAACGAUACCCCUCCCACGCCCCAGUCCGAUCAUAGCGAUCAUAUUCCGAGCGUUCAGUCCUUACAGUCUGGCUUUCAAGCCAACAACCCGCCUUUUUCGUCAGUUGGAAAGCCCCCGGCCACAAUGUCCGCCAAUGUUAGUGGUUCCGUCACCCCCGCAAAAGCCACAUUCCCACCGCACCAUCUUUAUGGAUACGGUAUGCAGCAUCAGUGGGUCACCAGCCCGGUUCAGCCGAACGGAACCCAUGGUAUGCCUGCCGCGGUCCACGCCCCAUUCGCGCAACCUUAUGCCGCAUAUUCGCGAUAUCUCGAAGGGCCUGCAAGAGUCAAUCAAGUCCGUCGUAAUGGAGAAAACGAUGCUACUGCAUUUUCUCGCUUUGCUAAUGUUCCUCUUGAACAAUACCGUGGUGAACUUUAUGGGCUUUGCAAGGACCAGCAUGGCUGUCGGUACCUUCAGCGUAAAUUGGAAGAGCGGAUUCCGGAAAAUGUGCAGUUGAUUUUCUUGGAGACCCAUCUGCAUGUUGUUGAAUUGAUGACGGAUCCUUUCGGUAAUUAUCUUUGCCAAAAGCUCUUGGAAUUUUCCAAUGAUGAACAGAGAACUGCUCUUAUCAACAACGCUGCCCCACAGCUAGUUUCUAUUGCUUUGAAUCAACAUGGAACCCGGGCUCUCCAGAAAAUGAUCGAAUUCAUUUCUACUCCUGAACAGACCCAAACUGUGAUAAAUGCCUUGCGCGACAAAGUUGUGGAUCUUGUCCAGGACUUGAAUGGCAACCAUGUGAUCCAAAAAUGUUUGAACCGACUGUCAGCUGCUGAUGCUCAGUUUAUUUAUGACGCCGUUGGCACAAGCUGCAUUGCAGUUGGCACACACCGCCAUGGCUGUUGUGUUCUCCAGCGCUGCAUCGACCACGCUUCAGGAGAGCAGCGUGCACAGUUAAUUGCCCAGAUUACUUCAAACUCAUACACCCUGGUGCAGGAUCCUUUUGGAAAUUAUGUUGUUCAAUACAUAUUGGAUCUUGCCGAACCCUGCUUCACCGAACCUCUCUGCCAGACCUUUGCAGGAAAGGUCUCGAUGCUCUCAAAGCAAAAGUUCAGCUCUAAUGUUAUUGAAAAGUGCCUUCGCACCGCCGAAUUUCAAAGCCGACGCCUUCUCAUCCAGGAAAUGCUGCCUGCAAACGAGCUUGAAAGAAUGCUCCGCGACUCGUUUGCCAACUAUGUCGUUCAGACGGCUAUGGACUAUGCAGACCCUGAGACUCGUCUCGCUCUUAUCGAAGCUAUUCGGCCGAUCCUUCCUGCUAUUCGCCAAACUCCCCACGGCCGCCGUAUUGCCGGCAAGAUCAUGAGCAUUGAUUCCCAGAGCCGCGCCAAUGGCUCUAUCAGUGGCCAGUUAACUCCUAACGACGAAAACAACCUCUACCACCAGGCCAACCCUUUCUCUGCCCCAACCCUCUCUCAAUUUGGGCCCCAGUUCAACACUAACGCUCCCGAAAGCCUAAGUGCCAGUUCCUCCAUGUCCCUUAUGACUACUGGCGACUCUUCGAUUGCAAGUCCAGGAUCCACUGCCCCGACUUCAGAUGCCGGCACUACGAUUUAUUGCCCCGUUCCGCAGCCACGCGCCAAUCUUCUCAACAAUGGGAUCAACGGCGGUGCCCAGGAAUUCAGUCUCUAUUAG